UCUGACACACACUUGUGCACACAGAUUAAGCAAGGACAAUACAAUCAGGAGGAACACAAAGGACCUGCACAGAGCUUGAAUAACUUGUUUGCCCCACUACAGAAAAAUAAAAACUACCUGGCUUUGAGGAGGACACAUUCAUUCAGGAGCCAGCUAAUAUCACGCUGAGUGGAGGGACUUGGAUUGACAGCACUGACGAUGUGAAGGCUUUGGGGGAAAUUCUGAAUGUUUUGUGUCGAACAGCUGCACAAUUCAAGUGGAUCAUAAGAAUGGAAAGCAUCAGUGUGGAAACGGACUGGGAUGGGUUAGCCCUCUCCUCUCUAGGUGCCACAGGAAGGAACAACUUCUCCUCCUCAUCUCUGUUUUUCUCUGAACUGAACUCCCUCAACAGUUCCCACAGCGGGGGAUCGUUCUUCGGGAUCUUCCCCGAGAAUGGUUCCACCACCACGCCUCACACCGUGCCCCAGCCCAGGAUGAGGGACCUGGGUCUGGCUCGGGCAGAGAUCGCAGUUCUCGGGGUGGUGCUGGCUCUUACUACCCUGGGAAAUAGCUUUGUGCUGUGGGUGCUGCUGAGGAGGAGGAAGCACAAUGCACCGAUGCAUGUGUUCAUGGUCAACCUGUGCGUGGCUGACCUGGUGGUGGCCCUUUUUCAGGUUCUCCCACAGCUAAUAUGGGACAUCACAGAGAGGUUUCAGGGACCUGACUUUCUGUGCCGGUCCAUCAAGUACUUGCAGAUUGUGGGCAUGUUUGCUUCCUCCUACAUGAUAGUUGCCAUGACGGUAGACCGUCACCAGGCCAUCUGCUGCCCGUUGCAGGCCUAUCGCGGUGGAGCAAUGUCCCGCUGGAACACCCCUGUCAUGGUGGCCUGGGGCUUGGCACUUGUCCUCAGCAUACCACAGGUGUUCAUCUUCUCUCGCUCGGAAGUGGCCGAAGGGGAGUUCGAGUGCUGGGGUCACUUCGCUGAGACGUGGGGGCUGAAGGCCUACGUCACCUGGAUGACCGUGGCUGUCUUCGUCCUACCUGCCUUCAUCAUAACCAUCUGUCAGAUAAGAAUCUUCCGAGAAAUUCACAACAACAUCUACCUGAAGUCAGAAAGGAGGGUGAUGGCUGAGAUAAAGAAGAAUGAGAUCUUCUUCCGCUUCCACAGCUUUAAGAAGGAGGACGAGCGGGCCAGGGAGAGAGAGAGGGAGAGACGGGCGUCAGGAGGAGGAGGUAGGGACUGCAGAGGGGGACAGCUCCUAAAGGGUGUGAAUAACAACCCUCACAAUAACACUCAUAACAGCCAAGUUGGAGAGUGCUACGACAAUGUACCAUCCGCUAUCCAGUAUAGCAGUUGCCGUGGUGAUCAUGUGACUAUGACAGCGUUGCCUACACAUCAGCAAACACUGAACGACUCAGAUUGCCAGGACUCCUACACGUCCUACGAGAUGGCCUCCGGCUCACCCCGCUGCUCCCUUGACUACGCCCGCCCUCCCCCUCCAGCCACUCCACCUUCGGGCAUCACGAAAGCCAUGUCCAAGACAGUGAGAAUGACCCUGGUCAUUGUGCUGGUCUAUACUAUCUGCUGGUCCCCUUUCUUCAUAGUCCAGCUUUGGGCGGCCUGGGACCCCAACCCUCCUGACCAAGGAGUGGCCUUCACCAUCCUGAUGCUGCUGGCUAGUCUGAACUCAUGCACCAACCCGUGGAUCUACACAGCUUUCUCCAGCAGCGUGUCCAGAGAGCUGCAGAAUCUGCUGCAAUGUGGGUCACGAGCUGGCCGCCGGGGCUCCCUGCCUGACGACUCCACCACCACACACACCUCCAUCACCAAGGAAAGCCUGUACUGACAGAGGCUGAUUUGACAGAAACACACACAGAGACAUGUUUGAAAAGACAUGCGUGGGCGCACACGGGUCCAAUGGAAGGACGUGCUAUUGCAAAGAACUCUGCCACCACCAACUACAGCGCCCCGGCCUGACAACACAGCGCGCUGACCUCUACCAGAUGUUAUCAACAACAAAAGACAGCUGUACUGUCGACAACUCUAUCUGUAAUCACCGGUCCUCUCCGCCCUAGCAGAGAGGAAUGGUGUCAUUGAGGAUGUCAACACCAUUUUAAGAGGGCACUGAAGAAUAUACAUAGGCUGUCAGUGACAACAUCUGCUAUGCAAAAUGGCCUUGAAAGUAAAGAGGUUUUCACCUCCGCUGCAGUUGAGUAGGACCCUGUGCAUUGAUUCAUACAAGAAAAACUAUUUCCCUGCUCAGACAUAGCAGAGCAGCAGGAAUGCGAGGGGUGGAUCACGGCAUUAACAGCCUUACGGCACGCCUAAUGUACAAAGCAGCAGACAAAGCUAUGGGUGUAGAGAAAACAAAGCAGCAGGCCAAGGGAAAGAGAGAGCGAGACUGCUGUUGGACUGAGAACAGACAGGGUAUGACAUGGAUGUUACAGCUGCAGGAGAAGUCAGAAGGCUGAAGUAAAAAUCUAACAAUGUGAACAAACAUUGUUGAAUCAAAGAAAGCGGACUAAAGGCGGAUGCUUGAGGCUGAAUUCAUAUUUGCUCGAGAGGAAUCCAGUUCCAAGGAAGAAGAGUGAUUUCUUGGAUGGAGAUUCACUCAUGAGAGCGGUGCAGUAGAGUCAAGACGAUGCCCCACAAGGAGCUGGAAUACUGUGGAUUAAUGCAGACAGAAACGCACACACAUACAAAAGAUAGAAGUGACAGGAGAACAAUCCAGGUUUCUGCAACCAACCGGGACCCAAUUGUGUGAUUGUAUUUGGUACAAAGACAGUAUAUGAGGUACAUAAAAUGACCUUCUUGUCAUGCUCUUCUGAAUAUAUGAAACAAGAACAUGGACAUUAAACAGAUGACGCAGGAAGGAAACAAAGAGCAUUCCAUGUACAGUGGUGAACAAUGUAAAAUAUAUUUAUUGAAAAUGUAAGGCACAUUAGAUAUUAUCACAUUUUGUGUAAGAUAAAUGUUGAAUGUAAAUCAUACAAUUGUACUGGUCUGAUAUGUGUUGUAGAAAACAAUGGGGUGUCAAACCAAAGAUUUUUUUAAAGCUCGACUGUAGAAUCAAUUGAGGUCUUAAAAGCUUAUUACAAAGCUUCAGCAGACAUGUAAUGUCUGAAGAGAAACUACUGCACGUCAGUUUAAGAAAAACUCCACAUUAACAUUGAAAAUACUUCCAGUCAAACCAAGUGCCUGUAAUGUCAGUAGACAUUUUCAGAGGGGCCUCCUUCCCCGGAUUAAUCUCUGAAUGGUGAUGUCAGCCAUGUUAUUCUUAGAUAGGAUCAUUGGUUAUAUCACACCAAGAGCCAUGUGUUCUUCUACAUUUCUAUUUAUUGUUG